UUAUUUAUUUAUUUUUUACAAAUCGCCGACUUUAUAAAAUUCAUUUCCAAUAUACCCUUUACUCUCUCAUUCUUCUCUUUUGGUUCUUCUCCACCCUUUCACCAAACCUAACGUUUCGAUCUCUCCAUCGGCCAAAAACCACCCAUGGCUUUGGCUCGCCGGAGUUCCAAUCUCCUCAAGCCUCUCUCCACCGCCUCCUCAUCCUCUUUCCUCCACCGCCGCUCUUUCUCCACCGAUGACUCCACCACCAUCACCAUCGAAACCAGUGUCCCCUUCACCGGCCACAACUGCGAACCUCCGUCCAGAUCCAUCGAUACUACUCCUAAGGAACUCAUGACUUUCUUCACCGAUAUGGCACUUAUGCGCCGUAUGGAGAUCGCCGCCGACUCUCUCUACAAAUCCAAGUUGAUCCGAGGGUUUUGCCAUCUGUACGAUGGACAAGAAGCUGUGAGUAUAGGGAUGGAGGCUGCGAUUACGAAGAAGGAUUGUAUAAUCACCGCUUAUCGUGACCAUUGUAUCUUCCUAGGGCGUGGUGGGACGCUACUCGAGAGUUUUGCUGAGCUUAUGGGUCGUCAAGCGGGUUGUUCUAGGGGGAAAGGAGGUUCGAUGCAUUUUUAUAAGAAGGAUGCUUGUUUCUUCGGAGGACAUGGGAUUGUUGGAGCUCAAGUUCCGUUAGGAUGUGGAUUGGCGUUUGCUCAGAAGUACAGGAAGGAAGAUCAUGUCACUUUUACCAUGUAUGGUGAUGGUGCUGCUAACCAAGGACAGCUUUUUGAAGCUCUUAACAUGGCUGCUCUUUGGGACCUACCUGCCAUUUUGGUGUGCGAGAAUAAUCACUAUGGUAUGGGUACAGCUGAAUGGAGAGCUGCAAAGAGUCCUGCUUAUUACAAACGUGGGGAUUAUGUUCCUGGAUUGAAGGUAGAUGGAAUGGAUGCCUUUGCAGUGAAACAAGCUUGCAAAUUUGCAAAAGAACACGCAUUAAAGAAUGGACCCAUUAUUCUUGAAAUGGACACUUACAGGUACCAUGGUCACUCUAUGUCUGACCCUGGUAGCACCUAUAGAACCCGUGAUGAAAUUAGUGGUGUCAGACAGGAACGUGAUCCUAUUGAAAGAAUAAGGAAGUUGAUCCUGGCUCAUGAUAUAGCUAAUGAAAAAGAACUCAAGGAUAUAGAGAAGCUAGCUAGAAAAGAAGUUGAUGAAGCCAUUGCCAAGGCAAAGGAAAGCCCAAUGCCAGAUGAGCCUGAACUUUUCACCAAUGUUUAUCGUAAAGGAUAUGGGGUUGAGUCUUUUGGAGCAGACAGGAAAGAGUUAAGAGCUACACUCCCUUGAUUUUCAUAAUGAAAUCAUUUUAUAAUCAAAAGAAUAUUUUGGUUUGAUCCAACUCAUCUCUUCAAAUACCAAAACAAAAAUAAGAACACAGAGAGAUGGAGUGAAUAACAAAUUUAUUGCUGUUUUUUUAUUUUAUUUCGCGUGUUGUGUUGAUGGCAAAAAAAAAAAACAGAAAAAGUUUUGAUAUGAUUCUUUUGGGCCUGUUUCAUAUACUUUCGACAUGAAGAAACUCAUAGUUUUUGUGAAGGCUGUUGAACUUGAAGCUAUAUCUGUUAUGAUAUAUUGUUGCAGGUUGUCUGCAAAUUUAUUUGGCAAUUUUGUUUUUAGCAAUUUGGGGUUUGUUUGUUGUUUGUGUGAAUUACUAAGUAUUUAAUAUGCUAUUAUGGGUUUUUAUUAGAAUGCUGUGAUUGAACAAGUGAAAUAAUGCCAACAAUCUAUCGGAAGUAAAGUUUUACCUAAGAUGAAAUAUAAUGUGAAGAAUAUACAAGUUUAUGUCUAAUGUCUUCUUUUACCUUGAGUUUUCAUAUUUUUAAAAAAGUUUAUAAUUGUAUCGGUGUUGAUAGUGUUUAAUACGUAUGACACUAAAUAAUCAUCAAUCUUAUUGUUAAAGACAACUCGACAAAUGGUCUGUUAGCUGAAAAUUGUCAUUUUGUCCAAAAAUGUUUGGAUUAAGUCCAAAUUUUUCAUUUUGUUGUGAGUUUGGUUUAGUUUUCUAUAAACUUUUUUAUAGUAACUAUUUUACCCUUGAUACUUUCUUUUUUUUUUAUUGGUUUUU